AUGGCGGAUUCAGAUAAUGAGUCCGGCGGAGGACACAACGGCGAUCACUCGCUUCGGGAGCAAGAUAGGUUUCUUCCGAUAGCAAACGUGAGUAGAAUCAUGAAGAAAGCGCUGCCAGCAAACGCAAAGAUCUCGAAAGACGCAAAGGAGACUGUACAGGAGUGUGUGUCGGAGUUCAUCAGCUUUAUCACCGGCGAAGCAUCAGAUAAGUGCCAGAGAGAGAAGCGAAAGACGAUCAAUGGUGACGACUUGCUAUGGGCCAUGACAACGUUAGGGUUUGAGGACUACGUCGAGCCGUUGAAGGUUUACUUACAGAGAUUUAGAGAUAUGGAGGGUGAGAAGACAGCGCUCGCGGGACGACAGGGAGGCGAGAAGGAAACCGCCAGUGUGGGCGGUGGUGGGAAUGGCAGUGUUGUAAAUAUUGGAGGUAACGGAGGGGGGUUUCACGAGAAUAAUGGAGGAGGAGGGAUGUAUGGCACGAUGAUGGGGCAUCAUCAACAACAACAUCAAGGAGGAGGACACCUGUACGGGUCGGGUAGUUUUUAUCAGUUUGGCCAAAACCCGACUGGGAAAAUGGGCCCUGCUGCAUAUCCAGGAUCCGGCCCAUUAAACGGAAGGCCGACCCCAAGAUAA